AUGUUACAAAGUGCUUUGGUCCUAUUCGCUUUCAAUGUCAUACAUCGUUCAUUAGCCUCAUAUUGUGGACAGGCAGCCAUUCCUUUCACAUUUCAGGUACUUCAUAGUGGUCAACCAGUGCUAGGUUGUGCCCGACCGAAAUGCUUUGGUUGGAACGCUAAUGGUACGAGGGCUGGUGAUGCGGCUCAAUUCUAUAGGAUCGACGGCAAAGAGGAUGGUUAUCUUCGGCGAUCCGACCAAUUAUUACGUUCGCCAUUUCGUAAUCCUUAUAUGACACCGCGAGUGGCGAAAUGUGAGGAGAAGUAUACUGAUCAAGGCUGCGCUCCUGGUCAGUGGCUGGGCGGUAUCGCUCCUAGGGGUCUCAAUGGAGCUAAGGGAUUGCAGGUCCGAUGUUGCUGGUACGCUCCACUGGUAGAAUCUGAAGACAGAGGGGUGGCAAUGGUUUCUAAUGGUCAAUUAGUAGUUGGUGGCGAAGUGCUAAAUGCUGACGAACUUGAUGGAUUCGAUUACAUUGCCGAUAUAAGGGCAGAAACUACGAAACAGGGAAACACCGUCUAUGCUGUGUAUAUCCGACGGAUGGAGUGUAAAGACGUUGAGGAAGCCGCUCCAGCCAAUCGACUUGCUCAACCACCAGUGAGAGAUGUCGUCUACGCCGCGCCCCCUUUGAAGGUUUCAACACCAUAUGGUAGACAACUUCAACAAGGUUAUGGCAUAGCAGCAGCACCAGCCCCACGAUAUAUCUCACCACCAGCUCCUCCCGGCUACAAUCAACCAUUGAACUCCAUGCCUGUUGCUCAACAAUCAGUAGCUCAAGCUCAACAAUAUGCACCAGUACAAAAUCCUCAAACUCCAGUUAUGCAACCAUAUGCUGCCUCACCCUAUCUCCAGUACAAUCAGACUCCAGCACAAGCUCAGACAGCACAACCUCAACUCUUCGGUCUUUUCAACCCAGCUCCAAACCCACUGGCUCUAUCACCUCAACAGAUGAAUGGCUUCAUGCAACAGCCAGCACAGUCUCUACCUCAACCAUUUCAACAUCAACCUCGGCAAGUUGCUCAACCAAUCUCUACUACGCCAUUGCCGACCAUUCCACCUCUUACAUUCCCUACACUGGACCAGAUCCCAAAAAUCGACAUUCCUUCCGUAGAAGAUGUUGAAAACGUCAUUCCUCCAGUACAAAGAGCAAUACUCACAACAGUUGCGAGGUUCUUCGGUGUAUUGUAG